UCCGCAGAGCCAUGGAGACGCCCGCUUGAGAAGCAUUUAAACGCAGCUCGUCGUCCACAAAGCUACCCUCAGGCCAAAAUCCUACGAUUCUCCAUUAAGCAAUUGUCAUAUCUCAUCUCAUCAUGACUAUCAAAUUCUACUUCUCUCCCAUGUCCACGGCGGAAAUCACUAAUGCGAUUUUCGCCGAGCUGAACCACGGCCAGGCUGAGCCCUUGGCCGAAGUCAUCCCCGUCAAGAUUGCCGACGGUGAGGCCAAGACAGAGCAAUUUCUGGCAGACGUCAACCCCAAUGGUCUCGUUCCCGCCAUUGUUCAUGACGGCGUCACCAUCUGGGAAUCGGCCGCCAUCUCCAUCUACCUUGGCGAGACCUUUGGCGUCGAUCGCAAGGUCGAUGGUGUUGAUGCGCCCCUGUUCCCAGCCGCUGGACCUCGUCGCGGCGAGGCCCUGAAGUGGAUUGUCUGGCCUAACACGCAUCUUGCUCCUUAUACCCUUCCUUUCCAUGACGGCCAACCCGCUGAAGUCAAGGCUAUGGAGAGCCGCUACAGGGAAACCAUUACAAAGGCUCUGGGUGUGUUGAACACCGCCCUCGAGGGUCGCGAGUACUUGCUUGGCUCCGAGUACACUCUUGCUGAUACCCACGUCUGGGGAUUCGUGGGGUACAUUGAAAUGCUCAAGUUUGAUCUCUCCUUGACGCCCAAUGUCAAGGCAUGGAUGGCCAAAAUUACCAGCCGUCCACAGCUGAAGGGCCUGAGCUAAACCAGAAAAUCUCACACUGGACAUGUAUGUUGGUUAUUUGCUAGUAAUAUCAUCAUGUAUUUCAACGCCUCGCUACCUCGCGUUGUCGGGAUUAUCCACAUGUCGUCCCCGCGUACAACCCUCCUCGUCGCCCCGUGCCUCACAGCACGACCAUAUAAAAUUUUCGGGGUAUUCAUCUCGGUUCUCUGUUGUAUCCAUAGGCCCAUGACAAUUUUCAUCGUAUCGACGAAUGCUUCGUCGUCGACUUCCAUCUCCCCUACGCACUUCUUUAGCCAGAGUUCGCGACCAUCUAGCUAGCUGUUCUUACCCUCGUGAUAGAGACAGGCUGUCUCUGUAUUCUCCCCCUUCCUGUAGGUCUCCUUGCAUUGUGCACAGAUCGAAACGGCGUGUGAUGGCCCGCCCG